ACGUGCGCAAUGUAGCGGUUCACGCAUUCUUACAUCUUCCUCGUGUGCGAAGAGAUAUCACGUGCAGAAAAUUGAAAAUUAUAGUUCAUUUCUUAUAUGUGAUAAAUCAAAAUACUUUCCAACAUAAAGAUUAUCAUCAUCUAAAUCAUUGAACUAAUAUUAAAAUGGGUUAUUCAACUGAUCAGGACAGUGAUAUUCUAUCUAGUUUAGAAAGUGGAAGUGAUAAACCAAUUACUACCACAGAAGAGAAAAAAUUUAAAUGUACUUAUCCAGAUUGCCAUGCUGCGUAUCCAAGGAUUGGUAAAUUAGAAAGGCAUAUAAGGCUGCAUACUGGAGAGAGACCAUAUGCAUGUACACAUCCAGGAUGUACAAAGUCAUACAGAUCUUCCUGCCAUCUAAAGAGACACAUAAAAUCACACGAUCCUAUUAAAUCAUGUUAUAAAUGUAAUCAUUGUUCAAAAAUAUUUAGUAAUAUUGAUUCUUUAAGAAGUCAUUACAAACAACAACAUGAUCAAAGAAAAAUUUCUUGUAAAGAAUGUGGUGAGAAUUUUAAAAAAAAAUAUCGCUUAGUUAAACAUCAAACUAUACAUUCAGUGCCUACAGUUCCUAUAGGCAUUGAUUGUAUAGAACAAGUUACAAUGUAUAAGACACGUUACAAAUGUGAUAAGUGUCCUAAACGUUUCAUAAAUAAUACUAGACUUAAUCGUCAUAAAAAAACACAUGAAAAAAGUUAUUCCUGUCCAGUUUCUGGAUGCUCAGAAGUAUUUGAUAAAUGGUCACUUUUACGUCAACAUAAGGCAAAACAUAAAACAGAGCAUAAAUGCGACAAAUGUAACAUAGUUCUCCGCACAAAACGCCAAUUAAAAAUUCAUUCUAAAACACAUUCUGAAAAUAGACCGAUUAUAUCAUGUCCAUAUGAGACAUGUUCUAGAACUUAUUUUUACAAAUCUAAUUUAGACCACCAUAUAAGAAUGAAGCAUCUUGACCACAAAUUUUGCUGUGAUAUAUGUUCCGCAGAACUUUCAUCUAAACAGAAGCUAAUAGAACACACAAAACGUCUUCAUGAAUCUAGUGAAAAAGACGACAAAAAACUGAAAAAGAGAAAGAAAAGGAAAGAUAGCGGCAUGCCAAGAAAAAGUAUAAUACGUAAACUAAUAGGACAUAAUUUGCCUCCUGAUAUAAAUGCCGCAUUAUUAGAACGAGAAGCAACGAUGAAUCUUCCAGUAUCAUUUGAUAAAUCAGUAAAAACAAAUGAACAAGUUGAAUCUGUAGAAAACGUGUCAUAAUAACAUAUUUCACAUAUCUCGAUACGUUUCGUUACUUCAAUGACGAGAAUGACGAGAAUGAGAAGCAACUAUAAUUAGAAAACAUUUAUAUCCUAAUAUUGAACAAGACUUUAUAAAUCUUUUUUGA